GUUUGAAACCAGGGCAACGCAAGGUUCUGUUCACUUGCUUUAAGAGAAAUGACAAACGUGAAGUAAAGGUUGCUCAGCUGGCUGGUUCUGUGGCUGAAAUGUCAGCUUAUCACCAUGGGGAGCAAGCAUUAAUGAUGACUAUCGUCAACUUGGCUCAGAACUUUGUGGGAAGUAACAAUGUGAAUCUGCUACAACCUAUUGGCCAGUUUGGCACCAGGCUUCAUGGUGGAAAGGAUGCUGCCAGCCCUCGCUAUAUUUUCACCAUGUUAAGCCCUUUAGCAAGGCUACUUUUUCCAUCGGUGGAUGACAACUUGCUAAAAUUUCUGUAUGAUGACAACCAACGUGUGGAGCCUGAGUGGUAUAUUCCCAUCAUUCCCAUGGUCUUAGUAAAUGGAGCUGAAGGAAUUGGUACUGGAUGGGCAUGCAAACUUCCCAACUAUGAUACCAGAGAGAUUGUAAACAAUGUCAGACGAAUGCUGGAUGGCCUAGAUCCCCACCCAAUGCUCCCAAACUACAAAAACUUCAAAGGAACUAUCCAGGAACUUGGUCAAAAUCAGUAUGUAGUGAGUGGUGAAAUAUUUGUGGUGGACAGGAACACAGUUGAGAUUACAGAGCUUCCUGUAAGGACAUGGACCCAGGUGUACAAAGAACAGGUUCUAGAACCUAUGUUGAAUGGGACUGAAAAAACUCCAGCAUUAAUUUCUGACUACAAGGAAUACCACACUGAUACAACUGUGAAAUUUGUUGUGAAGAUGACAGAAGAAAAACUUGCACAGGCAGAAGCUGCUGGAUUGCACAAAGUCUUUAAGCUUCAAACAAGUCUUACUUGUAAUUCUAUGGUGCUGUUUGAUCACAUGGGGUGCUUAAAGAAGUAUGAAACCGUGCAGGACAUCCUGAAGGAGUUCUUUGAUCUGCGGUUGCAUUACUACAGCCUGCGCAAGGAGUGGCUCGUGGGAAUGCUGGGUGCAGAGUCCACCAAGCUCAACAACCAGGCUCGCUUCAUCCUGGAGAAGAUACAAGGAAAAAUUACCAUUGAGAACAGAUCAAAAAGAGAUUUGAUUCAGAUGUUGGUCCAGAGAGGUUAUGAAUCUGAUCCAGUAAAAGCCUGGAAAGAAGCACAGGAAAAGGCGGCAGAAGAGGAGGACUCACAGAAUGCAAAUGACGACGCUUCCUCUGCUUCUGGGGCAACCUCUGGCCCUGACUUCAACUACAUCUUAAACAUGUCCCUGUGGUCACUGACAAAAGAGAAAGUGGAAGAGUUGAUUAAGCAGAGAGAUUCCAAGGAGAGAGAACUAAAUGACCUUAAAAGGAAAUCUCCUUCAGAUCUCUGGAAAGAAGAUCUAGCGGCCUUUGUUGAAGAGCUUGAAAAAGUAGAAGCACAGGAGAGGGAAGAUGUUCUGGCUGGCAUGGUUGGCAAACCAAUAAAAGGCAAAGUUGGUAAACCCAAGAUGAAGAAACUCCAGCUGGAAGAGACCAUGCCAUCACCAUUUGGCAGAAGAAUAGUCCCACAGAUUACAUCUGCCAUGAAAGCUGAUGCCAGCAGGAAACUGCUGAAAAAGAAAAAGGGUGAAACUGAUUCUCUAGCAAUAAAAAUGGAAUUUGAUGAAGAGUUUGGUGGUGUGCCAGCUGAGGGUGGUGGGGAUGACUCGCUGAAUGCAUCAGCUGCAGCAGCUAAAACCCCUAAACCUAAGAGAGAGAAGAAGGAGCCUGGUGCUAGGGUAAGAAGAACACCAUCCUCUACAAAACCCAGUGCAAAAAAAGUGAAGAAACGAAACCCAUGGUCAGAUGAUGAAUCCAAGUCUGAAAGUGAUUUAGAAGAGAAUGAGCCCGUGAUUAUUCCRAGAGAUUCUCUGCUUAGGAGAGCUGCAGCUGAGAGGCCCAAGUACACUUUUGACUUCUCRGAAGAAGAAGAUGAUGCAGAUGAUGAUGAUGAUGCCAACAAUAACAACGAUUUGGAUGAGCUCAAAGUAAAAGCCUCUCCUGUUACCAAUGACAGAGAGGAUGAGUUUGUUCCCUCAGACAGUUUAGAAAAAGAUGAGUAUGACUUCUCCCCAGCCAAAUCAAAGCCAUCUCCAGAAAAAACAUCUCAAGCCAAGAAAAAUCAAGAUUUUGGGAACAUCUUCUCUUUUCCAUCUUACUCACAGAAGACGGAUGAUGAUACAACAAAAUUGGACAGUGAUGAUGAGGAUUCUGCUCCUGUUUUCUCGUCAUCUUUUGCCCCAAAACAAACGGAGAAAAUUCCAAGUAAAACAGUAGCUGCUAAAAAGGCAAAACUAGAUGGGCCCCCUAAGCCUAAAAGAGCUCCCAAGGCCAAGAAGGUGGAAACUGUGAACUCUGAUUCAGAUUCAGAAUUCGGCAUUCCAAAGAAGACGGCAGCACCCAAAGGAAAAGGCAGAGGGGCAAAGAAAAGGAAAGCAUCUGGUUCAGAAAAUGAAGGUGAYUACAACCCGGGGAAGAAAACACCCAAGUCCACACCAAGCAAGAAAUCCAAGAAGGCYGCUUUUGACCAGGAUUCUGAUGUGGAAAUCUUCCAGUCAGGCUUUGCAUCUGAAACUGCCCCAAAGCCACGGACAGGCCGGGCUAGAAAAGAAGUUAAAUAUUUUGCAGAGUCUGAUGAAGAUGAUGAUUUUGAUAUGUUUAAUUAAGUGCCCAAAGAGCACAAAAAUGUUUUCCAACAAGUAUCUUGUGUUGUCCUUUUGUCCCCUCUGUCGCAAACUUUUGUACAUUUGACUUAUUUUAUGUGAUAAUGUAAUUGAUGGUUUUUAUUAUUGUGUGUAGGCAUUUUAACAUUUUGUUCUUACACCUACAGUUUUAUGCUCUUUUUUACUCAUUGAAAUGUCAUGUAUUUGUCUGACUGGCUUGUAGAGAUGUUCUAGGCAGCUGUGCUAAAGCACAUUUUAAUUGUCAUGGUUGCAGACAGCAAACCUGCUUUUUGAAAUGAAGUUUAAACAUUAAAAAAUGGAAAACUACUCUG